AUGGAAUCGAGCACUGAUAGUGGUAAAUUCAGCGUUGGCGACCAACAUCGCGGUGGUGCGGGAUCUAUUAUGAUGCCGAACGCUACAGGAGCCACCACAGCAAACCCCUUCGAGGAACCCCAACGCCGAAUUAGCGAAUACACAGCACAAGAAAUUGCAACACUACAAGCGCGUCUCGAUAAGAAAUUGGGACCCGAAUACAUCUCUGCGCGACCUGGUGCUGCGGGACAGAAAGUCCACUAUCUCUCCGCGGAUAAAUGUAUCAACCUUGCGAAUGAGGUGUUUGGAUUCAAUGGCUGGUCCAGCUCAAUCCAGACGAUUCAGAUUGAUUUUGUCGAGGAGAAUCAAAACACAGGCAAGAUUAGCCUGGGACUUUCAGUCAUUAUGAGAGUUACCCUUAGGGAUGGAACCUUUCAUGAGGAUAUUGGCUACGGGCAUAUUGAGAACUGCAAGGGCAAGGCCGCAGCAUUUGAGAAGGCCAAAAAAGAAGGCACAACAGACGCUUUGAAACGUGCAUUGAGGAACUUCGGCAACGUGUUGGGUAAUUGUAUCUAUGACAAGGAUUAUGUGGCCAAAGUGACCAAAGUCAAGGCAGCGCCUGGAAAAUGGGACGUUGAAGAUCUUCAUCGCCAUCCUGACUUCGCGCCACCUAAGAAACAAGUGCCUCCGCCCAAACGUGUACCAGAAGAGGAUGAUCUACCGCUUCCUCGUCCUAUACAUCAAGCUAGAGGCAAUAAUCUCGAGAAUAUUUCUUUCGAAGGGGAUGGGGAGUUUGGCAGUGAUCUCUUCGAUGAAGCCGAUUUCGGGGUAGCAGAGACCGAUACAGGCAAUCCAGAUGAGAUCGUAGUAGACACAGAAACUCUUACAGAACAGCAGCGCCAUGUGCCAGUUUCAGCGCCUCAGCGAGGACCGCCUGUUCGAGCAGGAUAUAACUCCGGGGUCGUAACACCAUCAAAACCAGAGCGAUGGAAUGGCUCGGGCCAAGUGGGACGGCCUAAUCCCGUAAAUGCGCCACAGAACGCAUCAGCUAUCCCAUCUCCAGUUACGGUACAAGGUCGACCAAUGGGCGCUCAAGGUGCUCAAAACGUUGCAAACCCGAGACCAUCAGUUCCACCACAGCAACCAGUUGGCCAAAAUGCUCCACAAAACAACAUUGCUCAGCCUCCCAUCAAGCGGGACACCGGCUCCGGGGGUUUCCAGGGGAAUCAGGAUAUGAAUCCGCCGCAAGGCACACCGUCGACGGGUUUCUUUUCCGCCAGAGCAGUGGAUCUCCUCCGCGAAAACCCUAAUUCUAUCCCGCCAGGAGCACCUCAAUUCGAUCCCCACGCAGAGAGUCCCUCCAUCCGCAAGACGGCUGGUGUAGAUCAUACCAAAAGCAUUCCGAUUGCUAGACCGAUGCUGUCGGGCGCCUCCCCUACAGUCUCUGCAGUCUCUCCAGCACCGCCCAAUAACAGCACACGCGACUUUGUCAAUCCUGCAACGGAUAUGCAACGCAGAGUCGGUGCUCCUGGCGGUGGAGUCAACAGUCCGGUCAGCAGAGGCCCUUCUGUUUCAUCAUAUCGACCAUUGACCCGACCUAACCUAGACCAAAGGAGCGUUUCCAACCCAGCAGUGGUGAACCGAGGCAAUAUGCAGCCCCAGCAGAAUCUCAACGGGAAACGCCCUCCGUUGGUGGACGUCACCAAUGCUGAUGCUACACCUGGUGCACACCCAGGGGCCCCGGCAUCCGGCCCGAACGAUCCAAAACGUCCCCGAGUAUCGGAUGCUGACUCGGGGGCUUCCGGGCCUCGUCCACCAACGCAGUAA